UCGUUUUUUGUUUUAUUCAGUGGGUUCUUGCACAGCUUGCUACUCAUUGAACAGAGCUCCCGAAGUAUAGAAAAAGAGGAAAUUCACAACUUUUAUUUUGAGGAUCUAGCUAAAUGGCUACAUUUGCGGAUAUAGGGCUUGCUGCAGUUAUCAAUAUUGUCACUGCACUUGUCUUCUUGUUGGCUUUUGCCAUACUGCGGCUUCAACCUUUCAAUGAUAGGGUGUAUUUUCCAAAGUGGUAUAUUAAGGGUUUAAGAAGCAGCCCAACACACUCCGGGGCAUUUGCAAGCAAGAUUGUCAACUUGGAUCUGAGAUCAUAUUUGAAGUUUCUCAAUUGGAUGCCAGAUGCACUGAAAAUGCCAGAACUUGAGCUAAUUGACCAUGCAGGAUUGGAUUCUGCUGUUUACUUGAGGAUUUACUUGAUUGGACUCAAAAUCUUUGUUCCUAUAACGUUCCUUGCUUGGGCUAUCCUGGUACCUGUUAACUGGACAAAUAGCACUUUAGAAAAAGGGCCAUCCAAAUUAACUUACAGCGACAUUGAUAAGCUUUCUAUUUCAAACAUUCCGCUUGGAUCACUCAG